GAUAGGCUCCAGCCCCCCGCGACCCUGAACAGCAUGAGCGAAAGCGGAUGGAUGGAUGGAUACUGUAUUUUAUUUAUUAAAUUAAAUCUGUGGAAGGAGAGAAACUAUAAGCACAAAUGUACACAAACUUAUUUACUACAUCAUCGACAAAAAUGUUUCAGUUUAAAUGUCACUCGGCAGAUUAAUCUGCCCUUCACACUUUUUAACUCACUCUUCUGCUUCCUGUUCUUCCUUUUUCCUGUAGGGAGCCGACCAAUCCUCUCGUCCACUCCUCUGCAGGUGCUGCUCUACCUGAACAGCUGGUACUUUGCUGCCUUCUACCUGGCUGAGAUCCUGAUUUUCAUCUAUAAAGGAGUCUUACUGCCAUACCCGUCAGAUAACCUGGUUCUGGAUGUUGUGCUGCUGCUGCUCUUCCUUGCUCUCGAGACCCUGCGGAUCUUUUAUGGCCAGAAGGGGAACCUGUGUGAGCGCUCUCUGGCUACCUGCGUAUCGCUCUUUGUCCUGUUUCCCUGCGCCGCACUUGCCAUGUACUACCUGCUGCUGCAGACCUUCGUCCUGCGCCUUGAGUUCCUCCUCAGCACCAUGCUGCUCUGCUUCUACGCGCUCGAGUUCCUCCUUGGACUCCUCUCCAUAUCUGCCUUCUCCAGGUCCAAAGUGUACUGAGGAGCAAACACUGGUCACCUGAACCACAACAGGAUGGGUCAGCAGAAUUUUCUCUGCAUGCUGUAACUGUGUGUCAUAUUUGAUUAUGGCUUUUACCCUCAGAUGAAGUAUUUUUUGUAAAUAAAUUUUGAUUUAUACAUCA